CCAUCUCACUUUGAGGCGGAAUAUUUUGAAUGUCCAAGUCAGUGCUACCUUCGACGGAAACAGUACAUCGAUUUUUUCAAAAAUGGAUAAGAAACAGGAUUUUUUCACACAACUAAGAAGGCUUGCUGCCACAACUGAGAAAGAGAGAGAUGUUCUUCAGGCAAUGAUAAAGAAGCCCAAAGGAGAUAGAUGUGGUGAUGGAACCUCUGCAGUAUUUGUUCUUAAAGAAAUGCAGAAAAACGUUAGAGAUAUAAAGAUCCAAACGCAGUCCACCUACAACAGCCUAAGAGCCAGCAGUUUUAGACAUCUUCUCCAUGCUUGUCAAGAAGUGAUACAGCAACAGCAGCAGAGACUGGGAGAGGUGGAGGCUUAUCUGCAGCAGUAUGGUUAUAAUCCUUGUGUGGCACAACAGGUCUCAGGUGUGAAUAGUGGAGAAAAAGAGCAUUCAGUGAUGGCAGAACAACCAGUGAUGACAGAACAAAAAAUACCUACUUCUAAUGGGGAGAACAAUGUAUCAGAUCAUUCUCAAAGUGAAGACACCGAGUAUCCUUUAAAAGGCAAACAUUACUUCACAACAUACCAUUGUACAGUGAAGCUAAUCAGUAAAGUUAAGCAGUCCAACAUUUUCUUUAACAUUGAUAUUCAACCCUCUACACCUCCUGAGUCUCACAGACCCAAGCCUCCUAGUUGUGGUGAUAAAACUCCCAGUUUGGCAGACUUUGGCCUCAGUGAAGUAACCCUCAAUGUUCUGGCUAACAUAGGAGAUGAUGCAGCAAGGGUUGGGCAAAAAUUAGGGAAUGAUAUGGUUUUCAAGGUACCAGAGAAGAUAAACUAUACAAGGAAUCCGAAGCAAGAGCUGUUUCCAGAGACCCCAGACCACAAAUCAAGGCAUCCUGAACAGUUUGUACCCACCCCAUUUGACACCCAUGGCAUCACUGUGACCCCGGGCAUACUGCCACAUUGUAACAUGAAUGCCAUGACUCCUGAGACUCCCCUUAAUAAGAAGGGUACCAACUAUUUAAAUGGAGAUGCUGAAGACAGUCCGUGUCCACCAAUACUUCACACACCAGGAAUGAAACAGAUCCGGACAAAGCCGUCACUCCCUAAAAGCCCGGUGUUACAAUCCUUGAAAACAGGAUCAGUGGAAAGCCCAGUUCCACCAGUGCUAAAGACACCAGGGGUUAAACAGAUUAAAAAAGGAAUGUUUCAGGAAAAAACAAAUAGUGACAGUUUGGGAGACAUGCAGGUGCCAAGUGCCCCAGAAUUACAAAGCUUGAAUCCUGAAGACCUCCCAGAACCAGAAGCCCCAGAACUUACCAUGAAGUUUGAAGAAUACCAGCAAUUCUACGAGGACUUCACCAGGCCUCUUAACCCUCUGACUGCACAGGAUGUACAAAAGCUCAGUGCUCCAGUGGCAGAUAAGGGAUAUGACCAGAUCCCAACAAGGGACACUGCUUUAGUUCAAAUAAAAGCCACAGAGACUGAUAAAAAUGGUUUUCAACAGGACUGGGACAUGCCCCAACCACCAGUGUUAUCAAUGAAGUACACCUUUAACAGCACUGAGGAAUUGCAGGAGAAUAUUCCACCAAGGGAGAACAGUAACAAGACAUGCCCAGGUAUGGCCAUGAUUUCUGAAGAUGAAUAUGCCUCUCUCCAAGACUACCUUCAGAGGCAGUUGCCCCUAAAACUUAUAAACAACACUUUGCAGAAAAUAAAUGAUAUCUGUCAGAAAAAGAUGAGUGCUGGUCAUAAGGGACAGAUCUACGAGUCUGAGUUAAGAGACAAUAUUGAUCUCGGACCUAAAACCAAAUCUAUGUUACUAUUGCUGGUCAAACUACACAGACUUCAAACACGAGCCAGGAAUUCACUUACUGAUCCAAUUUACGAAAUUCUGUGAUCAAGUUUACAAAUAAAAAAAGACCCACUUUGUAACACUUUUAAUACAUAAAUUGUCAUUGAACUGGGGUGCCUAUGUGAAAUUCCAUAUAAAGCCAUUUGAAUUGAUUUUUACUGCAUGAAGGGCUUCUUUAACAAGCUCGAUUCCCUGACAUUUUGCUCGAAUAAUUUGAUGUGUUAUAUUUUAGGGAACAGUCAUUAAAUAUUAUUACUGGAAAGUGUUUUAGCGCUGUUUACUUGCUUUAAUGUAAAAAGAUAGGUUGUCAUUAUUACUAUAUAUUACUUGUAUUGUAAGGUUAAUAUGUAAGUUUUGUUUUACAAACUUUUGCAGAUUUCAAACAGGCUUGAAAAAUGCUUGAAAUUGCCAUCUGAUUUGGAAAGGGUAUUUGCAUUUUCUGUUUUGUCCUUGAAAAGUACUUGAAUUUGAUCACUAGUGAGCAAUUUGUCAAAAAUUAUUACAAUUAUUGUUGUUUUUAAGUUGAUUCAAGUCAAUGAUUUGCAGAUGGCAAAUUAGCUUUUUGGACAUCAUUUUUUUUUUCAUGUUUUACGCAAGUUCCAAG